UAAUUUAUUGAGAUGCACCUGUAUAUCUUGGGUGCUGGACACAUUUGUUUGCAUUUUUCUAUGGGAUUUGACUGAAAAAGAGCUCAUACUCAUGAACUCAUGAUUCCUCAAGUACAUCACAUCACUGCGGCACAUACACUAUAUUGCCAAAAGUAUUCGCUCACCCAUCCAAAUAAUUGAAUUCAGGUGUUCCAAUCACUUCCAUGGCCACAGGUGUAUAAAAUGAAGCACCUAGGCAUGCAGACUGCUUCUACAAACAUUUGUGAAAGAAUGGGCCGCUCUCAGGAGCUCAGUGAAUUCCAGUGUGGUACUGUGAUAGGAUGCCACCUGUGCAACAAGUCCAGUCGUGAAAUUUCCUCGCUACUAAAUAUUCCACAGUCAACUGUCAGUGGUAUUAUAACAAAGUGGAAGCGAUUGGGAAUGACAGCAACUCAGCCACGAAGUGGUAGGCCACGUAAAAUGACAGAGCGGGGUCAGCGGAUGCUGAGGCGCAUAGUGCACAAAGGUCGCCAACUUUCUGCAGAGCCAAUCGCUACAGACCUCCAAAGUUCAUGUGGCCUUCAGAUUAGCUCAAGAACAGUGCGUAGAGAGCUUCAUGGAAUGGGUUUCCAUGGCCGAGCAGCUGCAUCCAAGCCAUACAUCACCAAGUGCAAUGCAAAGCGUCGGAUGCAGUGGUGUAAAGCAUGCCACCACUGGACUCUAGAGCAGUGGAGACGCGUUCUCUGGAGUGACGAAUCACGCUUCUCCAUCUGGCAAUCUGAUGGACGAGUCUGGGUUUGGCAGUUGCCAGGAGAACGGUACUUGUCUGUGCAUUGUGCCAACUGUGAAGUUUAGUGGAGGGGGGAUUAUGGUGUGGGGUUGUUUUUCAGGAGCUGGGCUUGGCCCCUUAGUUCCAGUGAAAGGAACUCUGAAUGCUUCAGCAUACCAAGAGAUUUUGGACAAUUCCAUGCUCCCAACUUUGUGGGAACAGUUUGGGGAUGGCCCCUUCCUGUUCCAACAUGACUGCGCACCGGUGCACAAAGCAAGGUCCAUAAAGACAAGGAUGAGCGAGUUUGGUGUGGAAGAACUUGACUGGCCUGCACAGAGUCCUGACCUCAACCCGAUAGAGCACCUUUGGGAUGAAUUAGAGCCAAGACUGCGAGCCAGGCCUUCUCGUCCAACAUCAGUGUCUGACCUCACAAAUGCGCUUCUGGAAGAAUGGUCAAAAAUUCCCAUAAACACACUCCUAAACCUUGUGGAAAGCCUUCCCAGAAGAGUUGAAGCUGUUAUAGCUGCAAAGGGUGGGCCGACGUCAUAUUAAACCCUAUGGAUUAAGAAUGGGAUGUCACUUAAGUUCAUAUGCGUCUAAAGGCAGAUGAGCGAAUACUUUUGGCAAUAUAGUGUAUGUUGCUAUCUUCUUAAUACUGUAUAAUCAACGCUUAUGUUGUUUAAAAUUAAAAGCAGUUCAUGAGCAUGCCCUUGUUAUUUGCUAACCAUCUUGAACGGAUCUUUAACUCCAUAUGUCGUUCUUUUGAUAAACACAGUUAACUGAUGAACGUAGUUACACACACUUAGACUAAACAUAACAGACUGCGCAUGUGCGAGAAGUUGACGAAAGAGGGAUCCCUUCUGUGAGGCCGCCGUACUACUUCCUGUCGCUCGUUGCGCGAGGCGGGCGCGUGGAGGGAUGUGAAGAUGGCGGAGCUGCAGAUGCUGCUGGAGGAGGAAAUUCCAGCGGGUCGCAGAGCAUUACUGGACAGUUACACCAACCUCGAAAGAGUCGCCGAAUACUGUGAAAGUAACUACGUGCAGUCUCAAGAUAAACAUAUCGCUCUAGAGGAAACCAAGAACUACACAACUCAGUCCCUGGCCAGCGUGGCCUACCUGAUCAACACACUCGCCAACAAUGUGCUCCAAAUGCUCGAUAUCCAGGCGUCCCAGCUACGCCGCAUGGAGUCCUCCAUCAACCACAUCUCUCAGACAGUGGACAUCCAUAAAGAAAAAGUGGCAAGGCGGGAGAUCGGUAUCCUGACAACCAAUAAGAACACCUCCCGCACCCAUAAAAUCAUAGCUCCAGCCAAUCCAGAGAGGCCAGUGCGGUAUAUUCGAAAAUCUAUCGACUACAGCAUCAUGGAUGAUAUUGGCCAUGGUGUGAAGGUCAGCACCCAGAACAUGAAGAUGGGUGGCCUUCCUCGCACCACACCGCCCACACAGAAACCACCCAGCCCCCCAAUGCCAAGCAAGGGCACCAUAGGGAGGCACUCCCCCUACAGAACACUUGAGCCCGUGCGUCCUCCUGUGGUACCUAAUGACUAUGUCCAAAGCCCUCUGCGCAAUAUGGCGCCCAUGCAGCUGCAAAGUCCUGUGCGCACUGCGUCAGUUAAUCAGAGGAAUCGUACUUACAGCGGGAGCAGUGGCGGCAGUCACCCCAGCAGCAGUCGCAGUAGCAGUCGGGAAAACAGCGGCAGUGGCACUGUAGGCGUUCCCAUUGCUGUGCCCACACCCUCUCCACCCAGCGCCUUCCCAGCUGCUGGUGCUGGUCUUUCCAGCGCACCCUCAGCUCCAACUAACUCCACCGAGCCCUCUGUCACUUCCUCUAGUUUAACCCCCACCCAACCCUCACUCAGCCCCACUGCAGUCCCUGAGUCUCUCCUCAAUCACCCCGACACCACUGAAAACUCUCUGGUCCCAGCUGAGGGCCCUCCACCCCUCACUUCAGCUGCAGCUAGUGCUAUAUCCAACACCAACCCUGAAACAGGCGGUCCUCAGUUCUACAGCAUGAACAGGCCCGUCCCCAGACAGAUCACACCCAUAGUGGGCGGGUCUCUGCCAUAUCGCCGGCCGCCUUCAAUCAUGGGCCAGACUUCCAUGCCUCCAAGCCAGCAGAACGGAGGACCCUAUUACAAUCAGAACCAAGCCUCAGUCGCCCCCCCUCCCCCCUCCAUCCUGCAGAUCACACCCCAGCUUCCACUGACGGGUUUUGUGGCUCGUGUACAGGAAACCAUUUCAGAUGCACCUCCCCCACCUCCCCCUGCAGAAGAGCCGGUGUUUGAGGGGACUGCACAGCAUCCUCCUCCUCCUGAGGAUUAUGAGGAAGAGGAGUCUGCUGUGGUGGAGUACAGUGACCCGUAUGCUGAAGAAGACCCACCCUGGGCUCCUCCAACCUACCUUGAAAAAGUGGUGGCAAUCUACGAUUACACGCGAGACAAGGAAGAUGAAUUGUCUUUCCAGGAAGGGGCCAUCAUUUAUGUCAUUAAGAAGAACGAUGAUGGCUGGUAUGAAGGCAUGAUGAAUGGCACUACAGGACUCUUCCCUGGAAACUACGUUGAGUCCAUUAUGCACUACACAGAAUGAGAGGGUCCUCUGCUCUAACCCCCUGAACAUCACCGCUAAUCUUACCAUGCAUAAGAGUGCAUGCAUAAUAGCAACCAUGCUAAUAACAGACCAUGUUCAGAGAUGAGUGGUGCGGCUAUGGAAAGAGGACACUAUUUUACUGUCAUGAAGCUUAACAUUCAGACUAUAAAGACUGAGGGCUUUACACUAAGGAUAUUGAGAAAAUAUACAGUACUAGAUAAAGUGUUUAUAUAUACACCAAUCAGCCACAACAUUAAAACCACCUGCCUAAUAUUGUGUAGGUCCCCCUUGUG